CUUACGAGGUCCUUCGAAUGUGUGGCGCGGUUACUGCGCUUUUGCCAUGUUGAUAUGGAUUUUACAGAAGUAAGGAACAAAUGACCAAGCAUGACAAAAUGUUUUCACUUAAACAGAAUUGUUGGUUUAUAAGAAAGGUGGUCAUAUGGAGGGCAUUGGCGAGCAUUGCGUGGACAGUUAUCCUUUUACCUGUGACAACUGCACUUUUUGUGUUCGUCAGCAGAUUUUGUCUGUUUCACCCCGUGCAAUGGAUUAUAGAAUGCACGAGCCUUCUUUCUGCCCCAAGCACCAUCUUUUCACUUGUUGUGCUGUGUGCAGUUGUUCUGAUCACUGGCAUUUUUAACCUGGAGUUCUACACUUUGGUGCCUUCUAUCCCAUGUUCCCGUGUGGCUCUCCUGGGGGCAGUGCUUCACCCAUGGCAGUGUGUCCAUUCUUUGGUGUACUGCACCAUGGGCAUGUUGAUGAUGUGGUGUGCUGCUGUAAUCAUCGGUGGACGUUAUAGCGCUCUUGGAAGUCCUUGCAGGGCAAGCGAGAGCGGUGAACCCAUGACCUGUCUGAACGAAUAUCAUCUCUUUCUACUUCUGGCUGGGGCCUUCGUGGGAUACAGUCAUAGUUUUUUGGGGGUGGUUCAAAAUAUGUAUUAUGUGUCCUUUCAACCCAUACAACAAUAUAAGUACCUCCGGUUUAAAGGCUCCCUUCCCAUGGUGGUGAAACGCAGUGUUAUUCAAUCCUUAUAUUCAGCCAGGAACUUCAUUGGACUCUAUUUCUUUUUUGGGUAUGUUCCCAAGGCCUGGAUCUCUAGCACACUUAAUCUGCAUAUAGACAGAUCUGUUCAGCCAUUGGAUUCAUUUACUGGACUUCUAGAUUUCUCCCUCCUCUACCAUCUGUCCAUCAGUGGUACCUUCUUGUACCUAACCUGGUACAUCACUGUGCUUCUCUUCAGGAUCUACGUAACAGAGGCCUACAGUUUUCCAGUGCAGUCUACAUUUACUGAGGAUGCAGAGCAGUGUCUGCCUAAAGUCCUGUCUGAGAAAAACACUUUAGUCAUGAAGUUUUUGGCUCUUCAGGAUUUAGCUCUCUUAUCACAACACUCCCCUUCACGCAGACAGGAAGUCUUCAGUCUGAGUCAACCAGGCGGUCAUCCUCAUAACUGGAAUGCGAUCAGUAAAGAAUGCCUGUCUCUUCUGAGUGAACUCACACUUAGACUGGUAGCUCAUCAGGAUGCGGUCGCCUCUAAUGGCAGAAUAAAGUCCCAAUCUACCAGCAGUGACACCAAAUCUGGCUCUUCAGGCAGUUCAGUAAUGUUAGGGACAGAGGACCUGCCUGAGACACCUCGACCCAAUAUAUCACUCAGGACUCCUGGAUCCGUCUUCCUCAAGUCAUCAAUGAGAGGUGUGCACAGUCCUCUGACCGCUCCUUUCACCCCAGAUCUGGACAGCCCUUACGCCUCACCUGCUAUUCGCCGGCUGGUUGGCAAACAGGACCCUCAGUCGCCCUGGUUUGGCUCUUUGCAGAGCCCUCACGUCAUGAGGAGAGGCCCCAAACUGUGGAGUGCCUCCACAGACUCACAAGCCAAUGGCAGUCCUCCUGCCUCUCCUACUGCUGUUUAUAGUUCUCCUACAGUUGAUCCAAAUCAGAAACCCAGCUUCCUGGCCCAGUGGCUACAGAACAGAAAAGAGCAGGUUAAAAGCUUUUUGGCAAAACGGGUGCUGGUAGUGUAUUUAUUUAACAAGCUUCCAGAAGCCUCCAGCCAAGCUCUGUUUGCUGACAGCCAAGCUCAUAUCUGGGCUCUUCAAGGAUUAUCUCAUCUGGUGGCAGCCUCUUUUUCCGAAGACCAGUUUGGUGUGGUGCAGACUACAUUACCUAACAUUCUCAGCUGCCUAGUGGUUCUGUUAGAGGCUGUUGAUAGACACUUUAAACUGCCUCAUGCCUCCAGCAAGCCUGUGAGGGCUGCCUCCAGUAUGAAUGACUCCACCUACAAAACUCUAAGGUUUGCAUUGCGAGCUGCACUUAAAAGCGCUAUCUACAGGAUGACCACCACUUUUGGAGAUCACUUGAAUGCUGUGAAUAUAUCAACAGAACAUCGGAAAAGGCUUCAGCAGUUUUUGGAGUUUCGAGAAUAAUGCACAUGCCACACCUCUCUCACAGAUGCUCUUGGAUUUGUGGACUCUGUUCAGCAGAAGCAAGCCCAACAUCACAUAACAGGACAAUAUUUGUCUUUAAUGACGAUAAUGUGAUAUUUAUGGAGGGUUGGCACUGUACUUCACCCAAGGCCUUGUUAAAUAUAUUCCUGUAGUCUGGGGAAUUAAAUUCCUAUCACAUUGUAA